CUGAUCAAUAAUGUGAUUUUAUUUAUGCUCUUUAAUGGUUUGUGUUACAGCGCAAGAAAAUCCUGAAAAUCCGGGCUUGCAUCUGAAAAUUUAAAGAGCAUAAGUUUUUUGGAUCAGCAAACUUAAAACAAUGGUGCGUGCGUGUGUCGUAGUGUUAUUAUGUGUGUGUCUGAAUGUGUGUGGUGCUCUGAUUUGUCCUGAUGGAGGGAUGUGUGAAGAUGGAAACACCUGCUGUCAAACUCCGUCAGGACGAUACGGAUGCUGUCCGCUACCCAACGCAGAAUGCUGCUCCGAUCAUCUACAUUGCUGUUAUCAGGGCACUCUCUGUGACCUGGUACACUCCAAGUGUGUGAACAAGACACACAUUUUAGACUGGGUGGAAAAAGUCACGACAAAGCCGCAAGCAGUAAUUUGUCCAGAUCAGGAGUCUGAGUGUCCUGAUGACACCACCUGCUGCCAGAUGCCUGAUGGGAGCUGGGGCUGCUGUCCUAUGAAAAAUGCCGUGUGCUGUGAAGAUAAGAGACACUGCUGCCCUCGAGGAACUAAAUGUGACCUUGAGCAUUCAAUGUGUGUGUCGGCAACAUACGGAUCCUCCCCACUCUGGAGGAAGUUCGCUGCUCGUCGCAGGAAACCAUCAGAGAGGACAGCAGUUGUUCCUCCUCCAGACUCCAGUGAUAUUAGAGAUGUGAUUUGUCCAGAUAAGAUUUCCACAUGUCCGGAUGAUACAACAUGCUGUAAACUAGAGAAUGGAAGUUACAGUUGCUGCCCAUUGCCAAAGGCUGUGUGUUGUUCGGAUCAUUUGCACUGCUGCCCAGAGGCCACGACUUGUGACCUUGUCCAUAGUAUGUGUGUGUCAGCCAAUGGCGUCAUGGUAAAAAUGGGCACUAAGAUCCCAGCCACCUCCCUGAAUCAGAAAGAAUAUGCAUCAGUCCAUCUUUUGGCAAAGGUGCCCACCUUUUCAAUAGCUUCAUCCAAUCAGAAGUGUGACGAGACGGCUUCAUGCCCUGAUGGUUCUACUUGCUGCAGAAUGUCAUCUGGAAAAUGGGGAUGCUGCCCUCUGCCACAAGCAGUGUGUUGUGAGGACCAUCUCCAUUGUUGUCCUCAUGAUACUGUGUGUAAUCUGGCCGCCAGCACUUGUGACAGUUCCAGCGAUCAGGGUCCCCGUUUUUCUGUGCCUUUGGUGAAGAAGACUGCCGCAGUGACCCUGCCAUCACAGAACCAAAACUGUGACGAGACAUCACUGUGUCCAGCUGGGACAACCUGCUGUAGACUAACCUCAGGGUCAUGGGCUUGCUGUCCUAUGCCACAGGCCGUUUGCUGUGCCGAUCAGGAGCAUUGCUGUCCGCAGGGCUACAAGUGUGACUCGACUCAAAAAACCUGUGUACACCCUGGCCUUCCCAGCAUGCCCUGGUUCAGGAAACAGUCUGCGCUGAAGCAGUCUGAUGAUCAUACUCCAGUGGACAGACACAUGUGUGACAAUAAAACCAGCUGUCCAAAAGACGAUACAUGCUGCUUUAUGAAGAACCUUGGCAAGUGGGGCUGCUGUCCGCUGCCAAAGGCGGUGUGUUGUGAGGAUGGAGAUCACUGCUGUCCAAGCAGCUACACGUGUAAUGAGAAGAAAACAACCUGCACUAAAGCCUACCAUGAGAUCCCCUGGUACACAAAAAAAGAGGCCAGGGUCGUGGAGGGGUCAGAGGUGCUGUUCGGAGAUGAAGGUGUGAAGUGUGACUCGACGAUUAGUUGUGCAUCUGGUUCUACCUGUUGUAAAUUACCCACAGGGCAGUGGGGCUGUUGCCCUCUUGUCAAUGCGGUGUGUUGUGAGGAUCACGAGCACUGCUGUCCACAGGGCUACACCUGCAACCUCAAAUCUGGAACCUGUAUUAAACCGUCCGGUUCACACAGUGUUCAUCUGACACAAUUACAAACACACACUGACAUGCGUUCAGAAGAGGAGGUGCUGUGUGACGCGUCGACACGCUGCUUAAAGACACAGAGCUGCUGUAGACUAUCAGACUCCACAUGGGCCUGCUGUCCGUAUAAAGAGGCAGUAUGCUGUGAAGACAUGAAGCACUGUUGCCCUGUGGGAUACAGAUGUGACCCAGAAGUCCAAGGCUGCACGAAAGCAUCCACAUCCAUGUGGUGGGAGAAUUCACUUUAAAUGAAAAACCACAAACUGACACUGAACCACAUGUCCAUUACACAAAUAUACAUCUCUCCACACACACUUGAGCGCUUUGACAUGCUACGUGUUGCAUAAACCAUUGUUUUAAGAUGCCGUCUUCAGACAAGGGAUCUAGUGCAUCUAGUGUUUUUUGUAUUUAGCUUUCAUUACAAUAAAAACACGCAGAGCCUUAUAUUUGAGCAGGAUACACUGAGAGACUUUAGUUUCUGAUUUAAAUAAAUUUAGUUGAAAGGAAACCAGGGCAUAUUUCAAAUCCUAGUAAUGCAUAUUAAAGACUGGAGUUUUGUGUUGUUAAAGA